AUGCAGCUCCUGAUGAGGGUUCCCUCUCUUCCGGAGCGGGGCGAGUUGGACUGUAACAUCUGCUACCGGCCCUUUAACCUCGGCAGCCGCGCGCCCCGCCGCCUACCCGGCACGGCGCGCGCCCGCUGCGGCCACACGCUCUGCACCGCCUGCCUGAGGGAGCUGGCGGCGCGCGGCGACGGCGGCGGGGCGGCCGCGCGCGUGGUGCGCCUGCGCCGCGUCGUCACGUGCCCCUUCUGCCGCGCGCCCACCCCGCUUCCGCGUGGCGGCGUCGCGGAGGUGGCUCUCGACUCGGCCUUGUGGUCACGACUGGAGGAAAAAGCACGAGCCGAGCGCGAACGAGAUGGUGAAGCGGCGAGCCCGGCCAAGGAGAGCGGCGACGCGGAUGGCGAGGCCGACGGCGUGGAAGAGGAGGAGGAGUGCGAAGAGGGGGCGGGGCCGCGAGGCGCGGGGUGGCGCGCGCUGCGGAGGCUCUGGGGCCGGGUCUCGGCGCCCUCGCGCACUUGGCGGCGUCCGCUGCCUAGCAACGUGCUGUACUGCCCAGAGAUCAAAGACAUUGCCCACAUGACCGGGUGCACGCUGUAACCGAGGGAACCUGCGAGCUAUGGCGGAAGGAAGAAGAUGGAAGCUGCAUGGUUGGGCGUGUUUUUAGUACAAGGGGCCAAGGCAACACUACCCUCCUAGGUCUUGGAGGGUUGGCAGACGAUGAGGAUGAGGGAGUAGAACCCAGGGCUGGAGAGAGUGCCCGCUUCACCCCCUCCACCCAGCAGGAGAUGCUGAGUCUG